GACAUGAUCAAUGUUAUCAUCGAGACUGGUCCCAAUCCGUCAUGUCUAGUUCUCGGGGUGCGCACAAAGGACUCUUCAUCGACGGCGUCUGGCACUGUGACUGCAGUCCGCGACUGCCCACAGUGCAUCUACAAACCUCAAAACCAGGCCCGAAUCAUGGGAGAUGGUUUCGCACCUGUAAUAAACCUCCACGAGAACAAUGCAAGUUCUUCCUAUGGGAUGACGAUGCCCGUACACGAGAGGAUGAAGCCGUCGCAAAUACAGCUGCCAUUCUCACUUCAGGGCAUAAGCGCAAACGCUCCGUCAGUGGAAAUCUAGACAAGUAUCACUCUUCAAAAGCUCCAGACGACCAUGAUCUGGGUGAAGCCAUGUCGCAUCUGGAAACGCCUGGCAAGGCUGCCAAGACAACAACCUUCAGCACUCCCGCCACCAGAAGAUCCAAUCUCCCUUGGGACGAAAGCCAAAGCAGCGACACAGCAGUUUUUGGACUGCAAACACCUCAUACGGGACGGAAGGCCAAGGGAGAUCCGUUUAUUUCAAGACCUUCAGCAGCAGCUAGCCCUUUCCCCUCUUCUGCAGCCAGCCAAGAAAGCAUUCGUCGAGUUGCAACAUCCUACUCAACACCCUAUACUUCUAUUGAUGAAACACCAAAGACAAGUCGUUUCAAGAAUUCAAUGGAUCGAGACCUAGUCGGCGAUGUUUUUGGUCUGUUGCAAGAUUCCAAAGUCGGCUUACCUGUCCAUACUGAAGAGGAGCUUAGAGCCUUGUUAACAAGACACGCAAAGCGUACAGAAGGGUUUAAGAGAGCACGAGACGUGACCCGCCUUGCUGUCAAGGCAAAGGACGCCAAGAUCACCGAAUUCACGUACCGGAUAGGUACCCUUGAGGCCGAAUUGGAGGCGGAGAAGGCCAUGGUGACGCAUCUACAAUGGGAGGCCCAGAACCAGACUUCAGAUAUCGACUAGAUUGCUCUCUACACAACAAUCAGGAAAAAGUCCAAUGAGAAUACCGGAACGUCACGCUUUCCCACGCACCGAUUGUGUAGCGCGCAACAGUUGACGUCGAUCUGAAUCAGUGCAUGCAUUAGAAGAUUAUACAUUGUGGCAUCAUCCUGUCACAUCUUGAUACUAUGUCUUAGUAGGCUGCUGUCUCCAAAGCCGAUGGACUGGGUUCAUCACUU